CUCUCUCUCUCUCUCUCUCUCUCUCUUCUCCCCCCCCCCCACUCUCUCUCCGAUAUUUCGGUUCGGGCUUGCCUCGCACAUGUGACAGCUGUGUUAGCAAAACGUCAUAACACAUCAUAACUUUUUCGUGAAGGCAUACCCGUCCGUCAAAGUCCCCAUCUGUAUUACUUUCAUCUUUUUACUCAACUUCCGGUCGCUAUUUUUAUUCCAUUUGCAUUUCAGCCUUGCCUUUAAUCUUUUUUCUAGCUUUAAACUGUUCUCUCGAGUGACGUUCAUCGUAUGUUUUCCACAAAAUAUGCCUGGAGAAUGAUAAUGUCUAUAGUAGACUUACAUGAAAAAAUAUCCCUCUACUAAUUGUGCAGCAAUAUCCAGUCAGUGCCUAUUUCCACGAAGUACGAUGCGUGAAGAAGCUGAGAAAAUAAAACGAAGAGGAUUUACUCACAAUAGUGAAGGCCGACCAACCCAACCUCUCCCUUACCGCCACUCGUUCGACGUCAGGUGCUCUCCAGACACGCCUAAUGUUCCCUUGAUCACCUUUACUGAGAGAGUUGACUGAGCGUGGUGUAAACAUUCUUCACUUUGUAAAGGUCGCACGUAAAUUCGUUCCUACUGAAGAAGCUCGUUCGCCCUCUCUUAAUAAUUGUUCUGGUGCUACCUGAUAUUAACUGAGAAUAAUUGCUGAUGCGGAAAAUUCAUACUUUUUUGGGUAAGAACUGGUGUAAUCAUUUGUUGAACAAUCUGCCAACUAUCUAGUUUUAUUUACACAUGAAGUGGGCUCACUAUUUCAUUGACCGGGUCCCUGAUUCCAAAGCAAUUACUGUGCCGUGUAAUAACCGGUACCAGCCUCCAAUAAUUGGAAUAUUCUGUAGGAUUAACUCUAUCCAUUUUUCAUGCCUGGCUUAGCAUGCUUAAUUUGACUCCACGGGAAAAGUAAUGCCAGUCUUUCUUGAAGUAAAAUAAGCGCUGUGCAUAGUAUUAGAAAAUCCCGCAAUAGUUUACAAGAUAAAUUUUGGCAGUACUAGAAACAAAUAUAACCGCAAUUAGAUUACAAGAGAACUUCAGCUUCGUUCACAUAAAUCCUUGAAAAAUUAAUGAUUGUAGUUCUAAACCUUACAAGUAAUCCCCGCACAAGUGAAUGACUUUAGCAAAGAUGGCAAUACCCACGAACCCUCUCGAAGAACAAAACACCAGCGCCAUCUUCAAAACAAUGACUAGCUCGCUCGAAAAUACCACCGCAGUAUUAAGCACAGGUGCCUCCACCCUGUCCCUUCCAUCACCUUGGGCACUAAACAUGGCCAUCGUCUCCGGGCUGGCUGUCUCCCUCAUAGGCGGCCUGGGGAACCUUGUAGUUGUGACCGUCCUUGUGCAGCAGGCGAUGACCCGUCGAACUCUACGAGUCCUGAAGGUGACGGCAGAUAGCGUGCUGGUUUUACAGUUGGCUGUAGUCGACCUGCUGUACUGCACGGUGUCUCUGCCGCUGUGUGUUGCGUCUUACCUCCAAGGGGAAGAGAUGCCGGGGACUCUAUGCGCCUUCGCAGGGUUCUUCCGUCUCCUCAACGGUAACGUCGAAUUCAACACCCUGGGUCUUGUGGCUCUUGAGAGGAGUUACCACAUCUACCGAGGACGCAGCGGUGGUGGCGUCUUCUCGCUGGGGAGAACGAGGAUGUACUGCGUGGUGCUGUGGACUCUCGGGUUUGCAUUUCAGCUGCCUGGUAUUUCUAUGAAAAAAUACGGUUUUAAUCCCCUGACGUACAAAUGCGACCUGCUUAUCACGUCGCCGAGGUUCAGGGGGCUGCUGGUGGGACUGGAGAUCAUGCUGCCCAUGGUUAUCCUGAUAGCCUCCUACGUCGCCAUCCUUCGUCGCGUGAGGAAGUCGAAGGCGCUGCUGGCUGGGUUCUCGACGUCCAAGGAUGCGAGCAUCUUUACCUCGCCCAGCGGCCGCUCUGCUUUCCUGGCACGACGCUACAGGUCAGCAGGACGAAGCGUUUUGGGCUUAACCAUCCUGUAUUGCGUGUGUAUCCUGCCCAUGGCCGUUUACAACAUCGUGGACGAGAACGGUUACUAUAAGGAUAUCGGCAUCGUCCUCAACUGCCUAUACUGGAUUCAGUAUGCGGCGAAUACUGCCAUUUACGGCUUUACUAACAAUAGGUUCAAUAAAGCCUUUCGGAUUUUGGUGAGCUGCAGAAGAGGCGACAGAGGGCGGCAGAACGCAGGAGAAGGCAUCAGACACGUCGGUGGAGCCUUCAGCUGCUCCUUCAAGAGACCCGAUGACUCGUCCUGGUGCUAGUCCCUGGAGUCAUGUAGUAGAUCGUGUUCACGUAUUUUGUGGUUAAUCACACGCAAACAUAAGCACACGCAGUCACUCGCGCUCCUCUUUCAUAUACACACAUCUCGCUCAUUAACUCACUUCGGUUCUGCUCCUCCUUCAGGAGACCCGAUGGCUCGUCCUGGUGCUGUCAUGUAACACAUCGUGUGCACGAUUUCAUGGUUAAUCACACGCACAAACACAUGCACACACAUUCACACUCACUCUCUCUCAUACGGACACAUCUCAGUCACUCACACCCAGUCACACAUGUAACCAAAUGUUUGUAAAUUUGUAUACAGAUAUGUGUAUACACGUAUUUGUGGUUAUAAUGGAUUAUAACAGUUAAUACGAACCUCUGAAUGUGAUAAAUAAUAAACUAACAUUCUUGACAGAUCAUUAAGAUAUUAUUCCAAAACUAACUCCUCCUCUCCCUCUCCCUUUCUCUCUCUCUUUAUCCCUCCCUCUCUCUUUAUCCCUCCCUCCCUCUCUUUAUCCCUCCCUCCCUUCCUCCCUCCUUCUCUUUCUCUUUUUUUCCUGUCCCUGUCCCUGUCCCUGUUCCUUCCUCUCCCGCUCCCAGACAGACAGAAACCGAGACUGAGACCGAGAAAAUGAUUCCAUAUGAAGCCUGUGUAUGCACAUAAAGGGGAAGAAAUUCCAUGUUAGUUAGAGUGUAUUUAUUUGUCUAAAUUAACAAACUACAACAUAUGAUGCAGCACACUUUUGCUGAAAAUGUCACUGGUGUCACUUGUGGGUAGUACAACAUUUGCUACACUAUAGCCCAGUUUUCAAGUCUCGUACAAGGAUAUCUUCAGAUGUAUACUGAAUUUGCUUAGCCGCUUAAGACGUUAAACCGCACAGGUAUUAUCAUUUACAAAUUCAUUUUACUUACAUAUACUUACAGAUUCCUUCGCUUUCAUCAAGCCAAAGAAAAAAAAAAGAAAAAAA